GAAUCUUCGUCGCGCGUUAGCCAUGAACCGUCCGAUUCACCGACUUCCUAUAAAUAUCGGUGACGCCCGUGUCUCCUUCUAAACCGCCGCUUGCUUCCCUCUCCCCUGCCUCUUCCGUCCCCAAUUAAGCUUCAUUUUUCCCUCAAAUUAAGGUUCUAGUGGUCCAACUGGUCUUAGGUUGUCUUGUGCUUCUGUUAUUGCUUGUAGUUCGUUUGUUCAGAACCUGAUAUGGACAUGGACACCUUCCUAUUCACAUCCGAGUCCGUGAACGAGGGCCACCCUGACAAGCUCUGCGACCAGAUCUCCGACGCGGUCCUCGAUGCCUGCCUCGAGCAAGACCCCGAAAGCAAAGUCGCGUGCGAGACCUGCACGAAGACCAACUUGGUCAUGGUCUUUGGAGAGAUCACGACUAAGGCCGACAUCGACUAUGAGAAGAUCGUGAGGGAUACUUGCCGUGACAUCGGCUUCAUGUCCAAUGACGUGGGCCUAGAUGCUGAUAACUGCAAGGUCCUUGUUUAUAUUGAGCAGCAGAGCCCGGACAUAGCCCAGGGCGUCCAUGGCAACCUCACGAAGCCGCCCGAGGAGAUCGGCGCAGGAGAUCAGGGUCACAUGUUCGGGUAUGCCACUGACGAGACCCCUGAGCUCAUGCCUCUAAGCCACGUCCUCGCCACCAAGCUCGGGGCCCGCCUCACUGAGGUCCGCAAGAAUGGAACUUGCCCUUGGAUGAGACCGGACGGGAAGACGCAAGUCACAGUCGAGUACUACAGUGACCAUGGCACGAUGGUCCCGGUGCGAGUCCACACCGUUCUGAUCUCGACCCAGCACGAUGAGACCGUCACCAACGAUGAGAUAGCUGCUGAUCUCAAGGAGCAUGUGAUCAAGGCCAUGAUACCGGACAAGUACUUGGAUGAGAAGACCAUCUUCCACCUCAACCCCUCCGGUCGCUUCGUCAUUGGUGGGCCCCAUGGGGACGCGGGCCUCACAGGCCGGAAGAUCAUAGUGGAUACCUACGGUGGCUGGGGGGCCCACGGCGGCGGGGCCUUCUCGGGGAAGGACCCCACUAAGGUUGACCGGAGCGGGGCCUAUAUAGUCAGGCAGGCUGCUAAGAGCAUCGUGGCCAGCGGCGUUGCAAGGAGAUGCAUCGUGCAGGUGUCUUACGCCAUCGGAGUUACCGAGCCACUCUCGGUGUUCGUGGACACCUAUGGGACCGGUAAGAUUCCUGAUAAGGAGAUCCUCAAGAUAGUGAAGGAAAACUUCGACUUCAGGCCUGGGAUGAUCGCCAUCAACCUGGAUCUCAAGAGGGGCGGCAACAGCCGGUUCCUCAAGACAGCGGCAUACGGGCAUUUCGGGAGGGAUGAUCCGGAUUUCACAUGGGAGGUUGUGAAGCCCCUCAGGUGGCACCAUCCCUAGCUAGGACUAGGAGUGAACCCUGAGUGACCGGUAAUUUUAGUCUGAUUUUGCCUAGCUUCCUUCCUUCCAUGAUACUACUUAUACAUGCGCUGGAGGGGUCUUGUAGCUUUUGUUGGCUUGCCUUGGUUUGCUGUUGUCAUUGUACUUCAUUUUCUAUAUUGGGUUUCUAGAUCAAUGCCAGCGAUACAAACCGGUUUUAUCAAACCCCAUCAAUAGGGUUAUUGUAUCUCUUUAUUUCACUUCACGAAUAAACGUCGGUCGCCAUCACCCCA